GUGGCCCUGGUCUGGCGCCUAGCUCCUGCGGCCGUGGGCUCAGCGGCAGCGGGUCUUGGGCUGUCCUGGGCGCAGGUGACGGCCGGGAGGGCGGAUGGACUGCAACGGGACCACGGCGUCGGGGUACGGCGAAGAGGGCGAGGGCGACGACGAGGAGGUGGAGGAGGAGCGAGAGGGUGGCGCUGCGAGCUUGCAGAGAGCCAAACUGCCCCCAAUCGCUGGCAAAGCCUCAGAACUGAGCAAACGGAAGGUGAAGAAGAAAAAGAAGAAGAAGACCAAAGGGUCGGGCAAGGGGGACGAUAAGCAUCGGAGUCGAAGCCUGAAGAAUCAGCAGCUGUCCUCUUCCUUCCAAGACAUCUUAAGUCCUGGCAGAGAUCAUGGCCCGAGGCCAGAGCGCAAGGUGGACAAAGCUGAGGGCAAGCCCGGGCCCCCUUACUCCUCCACCCGAAGUCUCUGCCCUGUCGCCGAGAUGGAAGAGCACCUCUCGAAGCAGGUCAACGAAAGCCUGCGCUGGGACGGCAUGCUCGCCGACCCGGAGGCCGAGAAAGAAAGGAUUCGCAUAUAUAAACUGAACCGGAGGAAGCGGUACCGGGUCUUGGCCCUGACGGGCUUCCACCCUGACGCAUGCGCAGAGGAGAGCCCCGGGAGCCGCCCCUGCCUCUCGGAUAAAGACCGCAGCCCCGACGGCAGGAAAGCCGACCGCCCAGGUCCCUUCCUCGAAGGCACCGCCGCUCCCUCUGACGUGGCUGCGGCUCUGCCAGACUGACCAUCCAACCCCGACGCCCCCCCCCCCCGCCCCCGGCUUGCCCCCCGUCCUCACCACAGGUUUACGUGUUAAAAAAAGAAUAAUAAAAGGAAAUCAGAGCUCCGUCUGAAGGAAGCGGACGUCCGCUGUGUCCAGGUCGGCCUCUCUGCUUCCGCCAGGGCGCCUUGAACAGCCGGAGAAGCCGCCGCCCGUAACCUCAGCAGUGUGAUGACACAGCUGCUGCAGGACAUGUUUCCCUCCGCUACGCUCGCAUCUCUUACUUAAUUUCUCAUCGCAGAUGUCUGUAAUCUUUCUCUCGGAAAUAGAAAGUGUGUAGAUGA